AUGGUCCCCUUCAUCGAUGGGAAUGAAAACUGUUCCCUGCACAGUGGUGACAUCCCACCGAUAGCGUCGGAGCAGCCUCCCACCAUGGCUUGGAUGCCGCAGCCCGACGCGACCGACCUCCCACAUCGGCCUCCAUUAACAUCGCAGCAAUCAAAUUCCCUUCCCUCCACCCCAUACCAACAUGCGCGCAACCUCUCCUUCCACUCUCGAUCGCCCUCGCCCGCUCGCGGAAGCACCUCUCCUCGAUCGACACAUUCCGAAUCAAUACAUUUGCCCCCUUCCGCUCGAAAACCGCUCGGGGGUUGUAAAUAUGAAACCGCCAUGGCAUAUUUCCGAAGACGAAUACCAUAUAGCCUUGGUGCGGAUCCCUUACCGGAGGAGAAGGAGGAGCUGAAGGAAAAGCUGGACCCGGAGGAAGAGAAGAAAAUGACAGCGGACAUCAUGGACCUAUACGAUCGGUUAUUACCUUCUGCGGAGAGCGACGAUCGACGACAUCAGCUCGUUCGCAAAUUGGAGAAGUUGUUCAAUGAUCAGUGGCCCGGUCAUGAAAUCAAGGCCAACGUCUUUGGCUCGUCCGGGAACAAACUCUGCUCUAGUGAUUCGGAUGUGGAUAUUUGUAUCACGACAAACUUCAAGGAUUUGGAACAUGUGUGUCUUCUGGCGAAGGUUUUGGCAGAACACGGGAUGGAACGAGUUGUCUGUGUUUCACAUGCAAAGGUUCCCAUCGUGAAGAUCUGGGAUCCCGAGUUGAAGCUGGCUUGCGACAUGAACGUGAACAAUACUCUAGCGUUGGAAAAUACUCGGAUGAUCCGCACCUAUGUCGAUGUCGAUGAACGGGUACGACCGUUAGCGAUGAGUGUAAAGCACUGGACGAAACGACGCAUCCUGAACGACGCGGCCCUUGGAGGGACACUCAGCUCGUACACCUGGAUUUGCCUCAUCGUCAACUUCUUGCAGACGAGAAAUCCCCCAAUUCUCCCUAGCCUCCAGGCUAGGCCGCACCAGAAAAAGGCAACCCCCGAGGGCGUGGUAUAUUCGUUUGACGACAAUCUUAAGGCAUUAUUGGAUUUUGGUCAGAGGAACAAGCAAUCUGUCGGUGAGCUUUUCUUUGAGUUCUUUCGAUACUACGGCCACGAACUUGACUACGAGGAGACCGUCAUCUCUGUACGCGAGGGCAAAUUGGUAUCCAAGGAGGGCAAGGGAUGGCACUUGAUGGUGAAUAACCGACUUUGUGUAGAGGAACCAUUCAACACCUCAAGGAACCUGGGAAACACUGCCGACGAUACUUCGUUUCGAGGAUUGCAUAUGGAGUUGCGUCGAGCAUUCAAGUGUGCUUCUGCGGCAGACUUAGCUGAUUGCUGUGCGCAAUUCGAGUAUCCACCGGAGGAGGAACGGACCUGGGAGCGACCACCGCCACAACCGCGUCCUAUCAUCACUCCAUCAUUGCCCAAUCGUGGAGGUCGGGGUGGUGGUCGUGGUGGGUUUGCAGGUGGUCGUCGGGCGUCCAACACUGGAGGAAAGGCCAACAACAAUACAUUCCGACAACCGAGUGCCACAAACGCAUCCGACCUGUCCAUGCAAGCGCAGCAGCAGGCUCAGUAUCUUCUUCAUGAUCAACUCUACCAGCAGAUCCAACUUCUUCAAGCUCAAGAACAAGAGUUACGGAUGCAGUUGCAAAACCAAGCCCUCAUCACCGGUCGCCCCCCGCCAUACUUCCUUCGCCAGCCUUUCAUCCAAUUCCCAAUGCCCCAACAACAGGAGUUUUCUGGCGAGGAAAACUCUCGCUCAAGGUCAGGCACUGUAAACCAGCCGCCACUCACCCCGUCACAGCGGCAAGCACCCCUCCUUAACCCUACCUAUGCCUCUGUCAGUGCCUCUGGCACGCAAGCUAGCGUGACAAACCCGCCGUCUCCAUCUGCCACCAACACACUCCCCGACCUCCGUCGAAAUUCCCGGCGGUCAUCAGUUGUAAAUGGUUCACCCAAAGCAUCGCUAAGGGCCCAGUCACAGCCCGCACGACCCCAAAAUUCACCCUCGUUUCCGACCUUCACGCCCCUGUAUACGAUUCCACAGCCUCUUGAUACGUCUUAUGCCUCGAAGCAACUCCCAAUCCCUGAGUCCUUGGAAGGUGGAGAUGAGAUCAAUAUGCCCUCAAACAGCCUCCCCAGCAAUGGCUCUCGCUCCGAUUCUGUCGACGAGAAUCGCUCACAAGACCUGCUAGGUUAUUAUAUUACCCCUCAGCAGCUGCAAUUAUACCAGCAGAACAAUAUGCUACCAACGUUGGCUUCCCAUGUGGGUAUGCUGCAGAAUGGUUAUUCAUCCUUCCUCCCCGUGCAACAAGAAUACCGAUCCUCUGGAGGAGUCUUUUCGUCCGAGGGCUCAAGUUCACGGUCCGACCAGACCCCGACACCAGCACCAAAGGCUUCAACGUCACAACUGCCGCAGCGCUCAGCAUCCACGCGCCCCGCUGACCGUGGAGGACCACUGAUCGUGGAUGGCUCUGUUCGGCCGAAUGAACCUCGUCCGGCAUAUGGAUCUGACUUUGUCGAUUCGUACACCGUGGGUACCGCUUAUACGUCGACGUCCGAGGAUCACAACAUCAACACCCCUGCCAGCUAUUCCGAUUCCCUGUCUCAGGAUCUUCAAGAACCCGUCCCCUUUGAGAUGGAACAAGCGCCUGUGUUCACAAGGUCACCAUUCGAAGGACAAAAACAGAGCAACGGGAAUACGGAAACUCAGCAGGAAAAGACAAAUGGCCAACCCGAGCUGCUUGCCAGUCGACUGCAGAACUACCAUUUAUCAAACGCUGAGAAGCUCGCCCAGUCCCAUUCGGCGAACAAGUCGAACAAAAAUGGUUCCUCGCAUCAUGGUACUGGCAAGGACACCAGCCAAGCAAAGAGUCACAAUUCUGGGAAUGAUAAAUUAACCUCCUCUGCAAGUGCCAACGAGGGUCGACAGACACACUCAACUUCGAAGCGCCGGACAAAUGGGGUGGAUGCCUCGGAGAAGACGAAUGGGGUGAGCCACAGCCACAGCCAUAAGUCGAAAUCCAGGGGCCGACAGGAUAAUUCCCAUCCUUCAUCUGCGAGCGGAGACGGAAAGGAGAACCCAUCGAAAAAGUCUGGCGUGGCGACAAACGGGACUACCGAUCAUGGUCAUGGUUGGCAAACGACCAAGAAAAAGCACCGCCGCAACGCGAAGUCCUCUGCCGAGCCACGCAAUGGAAUUAACGGUGGCCCUGAGCCCCUCCCCGCAGAUGAGUCGAUGCGCAAAGGCGGAUGA